AUGGGGCCGCGGCAGGGGUUUGUCCCCUCCUCGGCUACCGUAGAGGAAGUCGCGCCGACCUGUAUCUGGGGUUUCGGUGUCCCCGCCUUCCCGGGGGUCCGGGGUGACAUUGCACCGCGCCCCUCACGGGGUCGCGUCGCCACCCCACGCGGACUCCCUGGCUGGCGUGCUUCAUCCCUUCGCCUCUCUUGGCCGGGCCCCCACCUCGCCCCCAGCUGCCCAGCCAUGGGGGCCGCAGUGUUUUUCGGAUGCACUUUCGUCGCUUUCGGCCCGGCCUUUGCGCUUUUCUUGAUCACUGUGGCAGGAGACCCGCUUCGCGUCAUCAUCUUGGUCGCCGGGGCAUUUUUCUGGCUGGUCUCCUUGCUCUUGGCCUCUGUGGUCUGGUUCAUCUUGGUCCAUGUGACCGACCGGUCAGAUGCCCGACUCCAGUAUGGCCUCCUGAUUUUUGGUGCUGCAGUCUCUGUCCUUCUACAGGAGGUGUUCCGCUUUGCCUACUACAAGCUGCUUAAGAAGGCAGAUGAGGGGUUAGCAUCGCUGAGUGAGGACGGAAGAUCACCCAUCUCCAUCCGCCAGAUGGCCUAUGUUUCUGGUCUUUCCUUCGGUAUCAUCAGUGGUGUCUUCUCUGUUAUCAAUAUUUUGGCCGAUGCACUUGGGCCAGGUGUGGUUGGGAUCCAUGGAGACUCACCCUAUUACUUCUUGACUUCAGCCUUUCUGACAGCAGCCAUUAUCCUGCUCCAUACCUUUUGGGGAGUUGUGUUCUUUGAUGCCUGUGAGAGGAGACGGUACUGGGCUUUGGGCCUGGUGGUUGGGAGUCACCUACUGACAUCGGGACUGACAUUCCUGAACCCCUGGUACGAGGCCAGCCUGCUGCCCAUCUAUGCAGUCACUGUUUCCAUGGGGCUCUGGGCCUUCAUCACAGCUGGAGGGUCCUUCCGAAGUAUCCAGCGCAGUCUCUCGUGCCGACGGCAGGAGGACAGUCGGGUGAUGGUGUAUUCUGCCCUGCGCAUCCCACCCGAGGACUGAGGGAACCUUGGGGGGGACCCCUGGGCCUGGGGUGCCCUCCUGAUCUCCUCGCCCUGUAUUUCUCCAUCUCCUGUUCUGGACAGUGCAGGUUGCCAAGAAAAGGGACCUAGUUUAGCCAUUGCUGUGGAGAUGAAGUCAAUUGGAGGCUCAAGGGUAGACGAGCUCUGAGUUUCCCAGUACCCCCUCCCUAGACUGGAUAUCUUAGUGUUUUUCUCAGGUCUGAGGGGAACCAUUUCUGGUGUGAUAAAGACCCCCAAAUUGCCUUUUUUUUUUUUUUGAAGUGGGAGGAGGGAAGAAGUAUGUGUUAAUUCUUCUCCUAACCUCCUUGGACUAUAUUUUCCCUCCUCAAAUUGCUCCUUAUGGCUGGGCGUAUAUCUAUCCAGCUUUCCCCUUGGUCCCAGGCUUUGGGGGAAAGGAAGGAAGUGCAUGUUUGGGAACUGGUAUUACUGGAACUAAUGUUUCAACCUCCUUGACCACCAGCAUCCCUCCUCUCCCCAAGGUGAACUGGAGGGUGCUGCGGGGAGCUGGCCCACUCCAGAGCUGCAGUGCCACUGGGGGAGUCAGCCUACCGUGACAUCGCAGGGAAGGAGGGCAGAUUUUUUUUCUAGUUUUUAAUUAGGGGGUGUGGGGGGGCGGGGAGGUUUUCUAUAAACUGUAUCAUUUUCUGCUGAGGAUGGCAUAUCCCAUCCUUUUAAUCAAGGUGAUUGUGAUUUUGACCAAUAAAAAGGACUUUAUAA